AUGUCUAGAGCUAGAAUAAUAACCAGUGUGGUCUCUGCUGGUAAGAGAUUCUCUUCAACUCAAGCUAAAAACUUCAUUCCAUUAGUUUCAGAAAAUGGUAUUCCAGGUGCAGUUGGUAAUACACCUCUUAUCAGAUUAACCAAAUUAAGUGAAGAAUUAGGUAGAAAUAUCUAUGGGAAGGCAGAAUUUCAAAACCCAGGUGGUUCAAUUAAAGAUAGAGCUGCUUUAUAUUUGAUCAAAGAUGCUGAAGAUAGAGGUGUUUUAAAAGCUGGUGGUACAGUUGUGGAAUCAACUGCUGGUAAUACCGGGAUUGGUUUAGCUCACAUUUGUCGUAGUAGAGGUUAUAAAUUAAUCAUUUACAUUCCAAAUACUCAAGCACAAUCCAAGAUUGAUACUUUAAGAUUAUUAGGUGCUGAAGUUUUCCCAGUUCCACCAAAACCUUAUGAUGAUCCAGAAAAUUUCAAUCAUAAGGCAAGAAGACAUGCUGAAUCAUUAGAAAAUGCAGUUUGGGCAAAUCAAUUCGAUAAUUUGGCAAAUAGACAAGCACAUAUUGAAACCACAGGUCCAGAAAUUUGGAAUCAAUUGAAAGGUAAAGUUGAUGCAUUCACUUGUUCAACUGGUACAGGUGGUACAUUUGCAGGUAUUACAAGAUAUUUAAAAGAUGUUUCUGGAGGUAAAACAAAAUCAUUUGCUGCUGAUCCACCAGGUUCUUGUGUCUAUUCAUAUGUUACAUCAGGUGGUAAAUCACUUGCAAGAGAAGGUGGCUCAUUCACUGAAGGUAUUGGUCAAGGUAGAAUCACUGAUAAUUUAGCUCAAGAUAUAGAUACUGUUGAUGGUGCUGUGUUUAUUCCAGAUGGCGAAUCAAUUGCUAUGCUUUAUAGAUUAUUAGAUGAUGAAGGGUUAUAUUUGGGUGGUACUGGUGCUUUAAAUGUUGUUGCCGCUACUAAAAUUGCUAAAGAUUUGCCAGAAGGUUCAAAUGUUGUUACCAUUUUAGCUGAUACUGCACAUAAAUAUAGUGAUCGUAUCUUUUCACGUAAAUGGUUAGAAAGUAAAGGAUUAUAUGAACAUAUCCCUGAAAACUUGAAACAUUAUGCUGUUUUAGAAUAA